UUUUAUUUUUUUGUCUUUUUCUUUUUUUUUUUUUUUUCUUUCUUUUAAAGAAAGUACAAAGUAUGAUGAUGGUGGAAGGAACUCUGACAGGAUGGAUGAUGGUUUCAAUUUCAUCGUUUUCGUGUGUUUUAGGGGCAAGUAUGGUAGUUUUACUGGGAAACAAAAAGUGGAUUUCGAGUCAGGGAUUUCUUUCGGCCUCAAUGGCAUUGGGUGGAGGCGUCUUACUAUUUAACUCACUUUACACAUUGUUACCGGCAUCCCAACAAAAGUUAAACUCUAAUUUCUUUACUUAUCUCUGCUUUUUUGUCGGCGUCGUAUUUACAUUUAUCUUAACCUUGGCUAUCCAAUCAUGCACACCUCGUGCUCUACAUACCUGUGAUCCCAUCGGAAGUGUCGCUCAACAUUUACAUCCUCAUCAUUCAAAACCACACACGCAUCAUUCCAUCGAAUACGGCACCCUCCCCAACAACAAUCAGCAAGUCACGGAUAGGAACGAUUAUUUCCUGAUUGGCAUACAGACGGCCAUUGCUAUUUGUAUUCACAAGUUCCCAGAGGGAUUAAUUAUGUUUGUAUCAAAUCAAUCUUCCAGUGAAUUAGGGUUAAAUGUGGCAGCAGCGAUUAUCAUCCAUAAUUUUAUUGAAGGCUUCUUGAUUGCUUUACCACUUUAUUACGCAACGGACAGUAGACUCUCAGCUUUUGGGUAUGCGUCCUUUUUGGGAGGGAUGUCACAGCCGUUGGGAGCUAUUUUGGGGCUGUGUGUGAUUCGUAAUGUGGAAGUGGCGGAGGAACAAUUGUUAUUUGGCAUGAUAUUUGGUGUCGUGAGUGGCAUGAUGUGUUUAAUAGCCAUCCAGAGCAUGCUCCCUCAAGCCAUUAGGGCAGAUGCAACUCAUCGAUGUGUACCACUUUUUUUCUUUAUUGGGAUUUUUUUGGUUGGUUUAUCUUCAUUACUCCACUCCAUGUAAUUAUUUGCAUCCAUCGUACAUAUUCUUGCAUCAUACGCCUUUUUUUUUUUUUUUCUUACUUAUAUACGCAAGUAUAGCUAAUAGUAAAAAAUAAUAAAAAAAAAAAAAAUCCCCAAC